UUCCGCUCCAGACGGCUCACGGGCCUUUGUUAGCACCCGCGUCACGAGUACCUGUCCGGCCGCGGGGGCCAAGGCACACCGGCAAGAGAAGCCCGGAGCCGGUCGUUUGUUCCGCCGCCACCGCUUGUUACAAAACCCACUUGUUUGGUCACCGGUUCACCGGGGGCUGAAAGCGGCGUGGAGUCGGAGGAGGAGGAGGAGGGGGAGGCCGUGUUAUUGUUGCUAGACGCCGACAGACCGAGCGAGCAUUUCUCUUGCCAGACCCGCUUCUGGCGUGAGUGGAUGCGGAUACGUGCGCAUGAAAGCCUCGGUUAUUGAUGGCCGGUGCCGGUGCGCAUUCUGCCUGCUUUUGUUGUGUCAUGUCCAACAUGGAGGGGGAAAGACAAGCGUGAGUGCCCGGGGAAGCUAACAUGUAUUGUCACAACUCGUCAAAGUAGCCGGUGGCGGAGGACAUGAUAAGGAUAUAAAUGGACCCGGUGGAUGCCCCUCCACCACCACCCGGUUCUCGGUGGCGUUCAACCCGGCAAUCGUCGCUCGUUUUCGGAUGCUGCACGCAUGUCAUGUCGGUGAAUGACCCGAGUGUUGUGGAUUUCCGGGUGUUUGUCUACUUGCCUGCUCGUCACCGUAGCCGUAACAAUACUUGACACUUACUAACAAUUUCACAUUUUUGUAGUCUUUGACCAUUUUCUUACAGCAGACAAAUGGUGUCUUUUGUCAAAAGGGGGUGUGUGUGUCAGAAGACAGCUAACAUGCUAAUGUAAUGCAACGAUAUGGCUCAGUGUCCUUAAGGCCCAAAUGUCAAACUGGUGAUUUUGUUUAUUUAUUUUUUAAUUGGGGGGGAUUAAAGAGGAUAAGGUAAAGGGGGGGUGUAAAAGACAGAUUGGGCCGUGCGUGUUGCAUUAUUUGCGGGGUUUAACCUGCUCAGCAUCCAUCUGUUGGGGCUGAACGAAUAAUAACAGAAAGUGUACAUUGUUAUCAUUACCGAGGCAGACAUUUUGUUUUGGAUCUGAACAUAUUGUGCAGGUGAGUGGCCAUAAACUAAUAUUUGUAAUGGAAGACUGCCAAAAUGAAGAGCAGUUUGAAGAUGCUUUAAAAGUAUAUUACCUCAACACAAUUUACGUCGAAGAAGUGACUGAGUGGGUUGUUAACUAACUGAAGGCGAGACUGUGAUUCAAAAGCAUUUUUGCAGUAGAGUGCAAUUACACCGUGUUAUCCUAUGCACAGAUAUUUUAUUUAUACAUUUUAUAGUGAAUUAGAACUGCUGAAGUGCAUAAGGGAGUACUUUAUUUGAAAACAAUUUCCUCAUAUUUUGUGUGUGUAAAUUGUCAUACUGCAUUUAUCAGGUAGCAUUUGGCGAUCUGCCUUUAAAGAACAGAACGGAAAAGAUAGGGAGUUAAACACUUGGCUCGGCUCACCGUUCCAGUUCGGAGGGUUUCUAAAUGAAACGGUUUAAGAUGAACUAUGAUUCAAAGAAAAUGUUAGAUGUUACUAUUAGUUUUGAAUUGCAAUUAUCGUUAUUGCCGAUUUCGCGUCCGAGAGUUGUUGUCGUGGCUUCUCUCAUCUGGUGCACACUACGGUUAAUAAACUCAGAGAAAGUAGCUGUAUUUUAAUGUGUAUUUUUCAUCCAAUAUUGGUUUUUCUAGUUUGUGUAUUUGUAUCUAAUUUUGUAUUUUUUGUCAUAUUUUCUUAGUUAUGUAUUUUUCAUUUAACAAUUUUGUGUUUGUUAAAAUGUCUUCAUUUUACUCUCAGAAAAAAAGCUGUAUUUUCCUCGUUUUUUUAUUUAGUCGUAAUUUUUGUUAAUAUUUUCUGUUGUGAUAGUUUUGUAUUUGUUUAAUAUUUAUGGACUAUUUUAGUCCAAUUUCUUAAGUUAGAUUUUUUUUACAUUGUAAUUUUUUUAAAUUGUAUUUUUAUUCAUAUUUUUGCCUUUAUUGUUUAUAAUUAGUCUAUUUUUCAUGAUUUUGUUUUUUAAGUGCUUCCUACCCAAUAUUUUAGUACUUUGUUUUCUAAUUUGUUUAUUUUUGUCGAAUAUUUCUUUUUAUUGACUCUUUUUCAUAUUAUCCGCAUUUUUGCCCUGGCUGUUGUUAGAUUAUGCAUGUGUAACUAAUUAAUUUCACUCACUCCCAUUUAGCAUUGAAUUCUUUCAGCAACAUUGCAAUAAAACUAACUGUGAUAAUUUUGCUCCUGAUAAUCAUGAUAUUAAAUUUUCAUCGCAUUUCUCCUUGUAGGGGGGGAUUUAUCACAAUGUUGAGCAGCUGUCGUGAAGAUUAUUGCCUGUUUUAAAAGGCCCAAUGAAAUGCUGAGUUAUGCCUGGCUGUGGUGGAAUGAGCAGUGUGUGCUGAAGAGGAAAGCAGUGCUCUGGCAGGAUUCCUUCAGCCCCCACCAUAGAAGUUCGUCUCCCAGCAGCAUGCCCGUGGUGCUGAGCAGCGGAGGACACGACCCCCCGGUCGGGCAGACCCCUCAGGCCGCGCCGCCCAACCAGCAGGGUGUGGCAGGUGCCGGACGUUCCCAGGAUGACGCCAUGGUGGACUACUUCUUCCAGCGGCAGCACGGCGAGCAACCCGGAAAACACCGCUGGCCCACCGGCGACAACAUCCAUGACAGCCAGGUGCGCUCCAUGGACGAGUUGAACCACGAUUUCCAGGCGCUGGCGUUGGAGGGACGCACAAUGGGAGAGCAGCUGCUCACGGGCAAGAAGUUCUGGGAGACGGACGACUCCGGGAAGGACGGGCCAAAGGGGAUCUUCCUGGACCAGUGGAGGGACAGCGCAUGGGGGGCCUCAGACCACUCGGUGUCCCAGCCAAUCAUGGUGUCCCGCCGGCCCGGUCAGGGCUUCCACGGCGGCGGCGAAGUGGGCGUGGGCUCCGUCAUGUCGCCGCGAUCCGAGAGCGGCGGGCUGGGCGUCAGCAUGGUGGAGUACGUGCUGUCCUCCUCGCCCGCAGACAAGCUGGACUCCUGCCUGCGGAAAGGACCUUAUGGCCAGCGGGACGGCGAGGUGGUGGAGGACAAGCGGGAGAAGCCAAAGGUGCCGUUCGAGGCGGAAAAGUUGAAAGAACUGGCGGAGGCGGAGGCCGACGUCAUCAACGACGUCAUCAACCCCAACGGGCUGCCCGUGCAGAACGGUCUGGACGUCGACGUCAAAGAGUUCGGGUACGUCCCGCGGCCGACGGGCAACAUGCAGCCCCCGGGACCCGAGGGGGACCUGCUGGGCGGUCCCGGGGGCGUCGGCGUGGACGGGCUGACGCCCUUGGGAGGCGGCGGGCCCAAACCUCCCGAGGACUUCUCGGGCGUCGACCAGGGCGGCGUCGCCAUGGACCCGAUGGAGUCGGUGAUGGAGCCGCUGCAGUUCGACUACAACUCGCAGAUGCCCAUGGACUCGGCGCCCACUGUGGGACUUUUUGAUUACACCAACCAGCAGCAGCUUUUCCAGAGAAACAACGCUCUCGCCGUGCAGCAGCUCACAGCCGCCCAGCAGCAACAGUACGCCUUGGCGGCGGCGCAGCAGCCGCACAUCGGUCUGGCCCCUGCCUUUGUUCCCAAUCCUUACAUCAUCAGCGCCGCGCCGCCGGGUACGGACCCUUACGCGGCGGGACUAGCGGCGGCCGCGACUCUCGGGCCUGCAGUGAUGCCUCCUCAGUACUACGGCGUCACGCCCUGGGGCGUGUACCCCGCCAACCUGUUCCAGCAACAGGCAGCCGCCGCCAACAACUCGGCCAAUCAGCAGGCGGCAGGCCAGGGUCAGCAGAACCAACAGCAGGUGAUGCGCGCGGGAGGAAACCAGCGUCCCUUGACGCCCAGCCAGGGGCAGCAAGGACAGCAGAACGAGCAGCUGGUUGCCACGGCGGCCGUCAACUCCGCCCUGGCCUUCGGGCAGGGGCUCGCGGCGGGAGUGCCUGGUUAUCCGGUCCUGGCCCCCGCGGCGUACUACGACCAGACGGGCGCCCUGGUGGUCAACACCGGAGCUCGGAGCGGCCCCGUUCGCCUCAUGGCCCCCGCGUCCGUCAUCAUAUCGCCUUCUGCGGCGCAAGCAGUCGCAGCGGCGGCGGCCUCGGCGGGCGGCGCCAACGGGGGCCUCGGCGGCGGCGCCAACGGCCCCUUCCGGGCCAUGACGUCCCAGCAGCCCCAGCAGCAGGGCGGCCCCGGCGGCGGCCCUCUGGGCGGCAGCUCCUUCUACGGCUCGUCCUCGCUCAGCUCGUCCUCGCAGAGCUCCUCGCUCUUCUCGCAGGGCUCCGGCCAGCCCGGCCCGGGCUCGGCUUCCCUGGGCUUCAGCCAGCAAGCCUCCUCGUCCCUCGGCGCCACGCUCGGGGCCACUUUGGGAGGCUUCGGUACUGCAGUGGCCAACUCCAGCGGCGGCAGCGGGUCACGCCGCGACUCCUUGACGGGAAACAGCGAGCUGUACAAGCGCACGCCCUCCAGCCUCACGCCCAUCGGCCACGGCGGCUUCUACAACGGCACGCUGGGCUUCAGCCCCUCGCCCGGCCCGGUGGGCAUGCCGCUGCCCAACCAGGGCCCGUCCCACUCGCUCACCCCGCCGCCCUCGCUCUCCAACCACAGCUCCUCGUCCAACCUCAACCUGGGGGGCCUGACCAACGGGAGCGGGCGCUUCAUCUCGGCCGCCCCGGGCGCCGAGGCCAAGUACCGCAGCGCCGCCAGCUCGGGCUCGUCGCUCUUCUCUCCCAGCAGCCAGCUGUUCCCGUCGUCGCGGCUACGCUACGGCAUGUCGGACGUGAUGCCGUCGGGACGUAGCCGCCUGCUGGAGGACUUCCGCAACAACCGCUACCCCAACCUCCAGCUGCGUGACAUCGCGGGGCACAUCAUGGAGUUCAGCCAGGACCAGCACGGCAGCAGGUUCAUCCAGCUGAAGUUGGAGCGAGCCAGUCCGGCCGAGCGCCAGCUCGUCUUCAGCGAAAUCCUGCAGGCCGCCUACCAACUCAUGGUCGACGUAUUCGGCAACUACGUCAUCCAGAAGUUCUUCGAGUUCGGCAGUCUGGAUCAGAAGCUGGCGCUGGCCGAGCGUAUCCGCGGCCACGUGCUGUCGCUGGCGCUGCAGAUGUACGGCUGCAGAGUCAUCCAGAAGGCGCUGGAGUUCAUCCCGUCCGAUCAGCAGGUCAUCAGCGAGAUGGUGCGCGAGCUGGACGGCCACGUGCUCAAGUGCGUGAAGGACCAGAACGGAAACCACGUGGUGCAGAAGUGCAUCGAGUGUGUGCAGCCGCACGCGCUGCACUUCAUCAUCGACGCCUUCAAGGGACAGGUGUUCGCGUUGUCCACUCACCCGUACGGCUGCCGAGUGAUCCAGCGCAUCCUGGAGCACUGCCUGCCCGAGCAGACGCUGCCCAUCCUGGAGGAGCUCCACCAGCACACCGAGCAGCUCGUGCAGGACCAGUACGGCAACUACGUGAUCCAGCACGUGUUGGAGCACGGCCGGGCCGAAGAUAAGAGCAAGAUCGUGGCCGAGAUCAGAGGGAACGUGCUGGGACUCAGCCAGCACAAGUUUGCCAGUAACGUGGUGGAGAAGUGCGUGACGCACGCGUCUCGGGCGGAGCGAGCGGUGCUGAUCGACGAGGUGUGCAGCCUGACGGAGGGCCCCCACAGUGCCUUAUACACCAUGAUGAAGGACCAGUACGCCAACUACGUUGUGCAGAAGAUGAUCGACGUGGCCGAGCCCACCCAGCGCAAGAUCGUCAUGCACAAGAUCCGGCCCCACAUCUCCACGCUGCGCAAGUACACGUACGGCAAACACAUCCUGGCCAAGCUGGAGAAGUACUACAUGAAGAACGGCGUGGACCUGGGCCCCCUGUGCGGGCCCCCCAACGGCAUCAUGUAACCCCCCCCCCCCCAAAAAAAAAUAAGGUCGUAAGCCCUUUCCCAAUCCUUCAGUUUCCAUGACAACCCUUUCAAUCUGCCCACCCCAGCCCGGCCUGCUGAACUUGUGCAGGUGUUACCCCGCCCCCGACGUUAUUUUUUGUUUGUUUGUUUCAUAUUUCACUUUGGCCCCCCCCCCCCCCCCCCACUCUCGAAAAUGACUAUUUUAUUUGUCAGCCAAUCGUAGACGAGUACACACACGCGAGCUAACCAGCCGACACGUCAUUUAGCAUGGGAGUUUUCUGGUCUUGCUUCUAUAAAUAUAACAUGUAUACUUGGUGUAGAAUCUUUGCAUAUACAGUACAUAUGAAUAUAUAUAUAUAUAUACAUAUAUAUAUAUAUAUAAAUAUAUAUAUAUAAACUUUGUAGGUUUUUUCUGGUUUUUGAUGUCGACUUGUAUCUAUAAUGUAUCCUAGUAGUGACCACGCAUACUUCUGACUGUAUACUUGUACAUUUGUAAACCCUUGUAAUGUAAAAGUGCUUUACUGCCCUUUUUUGGUAUGAUUAUAAUGAUGAUGAUGAUGAGGAAAAAAAACUUAGGGGGGAAAAAAAAAUCUUUACCUGCGCAUUUCAGUGUAUAUUCUCACUUUCUUGGUUUGUGACAUGAGUUGUAUAUUGUAAAUUGUAAUAUCAAGUUUUGCUUUUUGUCCCCCCCCCCCCCCCCCCCCUCAAAAAGCCCUUUCUGUAUCUAUAUGGCGUAGUACUUGUACAAAAAAAAACAAAAAAAACAUUCGCACCACACUUGGUUUUAUCAGCUUAACUUUAAAAAAACAAAAAACAAAAAAAAAAACAAUCUCCCACUGACUUCCUUCAGUUGUCUUUAUUUUUUUUUUAAGAUCUUUUUAUAGAAAAGCUUCACUUUUGAUGGGAGUGAACAUGGCUUGUACAGAGGAGAUUCUUGUUGGAUUUUUGUUUUUGUUUUGUUUGUAAUUUUCUAGUUCUGUAAGUGCUGUAUCAUAAUGUCUUUUUUUUUUUUUUUUGCGUGAGAAGAGAGGCAGCCAUUUUUUGGGGUGAAGAUUAAAAAAAAAAAUACCGCCUUGUGUAUAUUUACUACUACGAGCACACCUUGUAACCAUAUGUGUAUAGUUAACAGAAACCUGUGUAUGCUUACUUGCCUGGGCAACUAUUUUUUGUAACUCCUGUUGUAGAUUGUCUCUAAACAAUUGUGUGAUCUUUAUUUUGAAACCAAACGGAAGGAAAAAAAAAAAAAAGAAAAUCCCCCCCCAAAAAUUGAAAAUUUCAA